AUGCAAUUCCCAAACACUCAAGUCGUUUUCAAGACUGUUCCGGUCAUAACUGCCAGCCAGACUCCAGCUAUCCCUAAGACCCUUUUCCUCGUUCAAUGGGAAACGGAUUCUGAAUUAGAUUUCCUUUUGGAGAAAGCCCAGCAAGGAUUCCAGAAACGUGACGGAAUUAGAUCGGAUAUUUUAAUGCGUGGGAAGGAAGUAUUUGACCUGGCCUAUGGAUGUCCAAGUGAUUCCAGCUCGGACCUACCCACGACUUCUUCUUCAAGUGAUCAGCCCAUGGACAAACCCAAAUUCCCGCUUCCCAAUUUAAAACCGGCAUCACCCAUACUCAAUCAUGACAAUGCUGAACCCGUUUUUGAAUUCACCCCACGUACUCAAGUAGGAGUAUCCCCCGCAUUUUCUGCUUUACUUAAAGAAGAGAUGCGGAGUGAUUAUAAUCAGGGAUAUCCGAAAGGGGUAAAAUUUAUUAACGUGGUCUUAAACAACCAUCUAACUCAGUUAGAAUCCGACCUGGAUAGAACUUGGAAGACGACCCGGGACUGUCUCAAUCUAGUCCAAGACGAAAUGGAUCUCCGAGCGAAUCCGCGUCGAUUAGGAAGUCUAUUCAAACCAUAUAAAGUCAUGCCGAUGAUCAAAGAUCUUGAAGAGGUAAUGGAAUUGAUCUUUGGAAGGAUUCUCUUGGAAGCCACGAUUUGCUCCGAGUAUCAUGUGGUAAAGUCAAUGGAGUUCCAUUUAUGGAAUUCUUGGCGAAUACUCCGGGAACAUUUGUACCAUGCAACGAUGCAUCUGACUAUUCCACGGAAAAAUAACCCACUGGCAUUCUAUUGUGAAUUUCAAGAUCGAAUCUAUGGAAGAGUCCAGCAACUCAACUUGGAUACAUUGGAGGAACUGCAAGUGGUGAUGGAAACUUAUCGGUUGGAUAAUAGGGUAUUGUAUGCGGAAGAAAUAUGGCCUGUAGAGCGAAAAGAGGAAUGGUGGAGGGAGGAGUAUAAUACCAAGGAAUAG